AUGUUAUCCCCACGCCCACCAAAGCAACCCGCCGAGCUAGGGCGAGAAGAACUCAUCCUGGAAGAUGGCGCUAAAACACCUCCCCGCAAAACUCGAGCGCGUACAGUCCAGAUUGUCGAAGAAUCAGUAGGCACACCGUCAGGGAAUCGGCGAAGCGACCGUUUGAGAAAAAAGAUGGCGGAUUAUGUCGGUCAUGGCGAAACUAUCACUACACCCCGAGGAUCCAGCAUUCAUUCUAUGUUUCCAAAGGAACUGGAAAAGUAUAUCCCCGCAUCGCCCAGGAGAGUUGAGCUCGACAAAUUCAAGCGGCGGCUGCAGUUCAAGAGUGGCGCCAGAAGCAGCCUCAUGAAGACAGAGGCAUACAAAACACUGGAACGCAAGGAAAAGGUUCGCGCCUUUCAUGAGGAUCAGCGGGGCAAAAGAUACAACGCCCAGUUCAAAAGUCGAGGCCUUUCAUUACCAGCCAUCUCGAAAACCAGGAAAACGAGUCUCGCGCUCCCCAGCAAGGAAGGCGAAGCACCAAAAGUGCAGUUUGUUGCCCGGCACAACCUUCGACCACGACCUCCAAGGCUGCCCAUUAAAGGAGUCGAUGAUCUGUCACUGACGGGAUCGGCAUCAUUGGAGUCACUCGAGAAGCGCAAGACACAGUACAAGCAGCUGAAGCUUCACGAGUCCGUCGAUUUUGUCAGCUGGAACGAGCGGGAUGAUGCUUGGCGUACCAAGCGUUUGGCCAACUACAUGUCUUCGUCAAAACUGGCGCGUGAGACGUCGCUGUUUAAGAAGCGCAAGCUUAGCAUCUGCGGUUGGGGCAAUCCCCAAAAGAAUCUGGGUAACUAUCUGAGUAUCUGCUGGGAAUACAACCCCGAUCUGGACGCGGACAAAAACCAGAAGUUACAACACCGACACCCAGCGAUUCUGAACCGAAACAACGACAAGGGCGCGUGUGUGGAAGCAGGAGUCAUUUAUUACCCGGAUGUGCUCACGGACACGGUCAACACCUAUCUUACAGGGUUCUGCUUCACGAUCCAGUCCGAACUCGCUUUGAAAUACGACAGGGCACAAAAGGAGUUGUUUGAUCAGGCGAGCGAACUUGUUCAGCGGUCGUUCUACCAGUACAACAUGGACCUCUCAUUGGAUUCCAGCUUGGACGACAACUUUACGGUGGAUAUUUUUUGCUCGUCCCAGCCUUCCGACGACCCAGCUCUGAUGACCGUUCGUGGAGUCACACAGUUUAUCUUCAUGAAGGGCUACAUUUACGUCGACAAGAUCUGCGUCUCCCAGGAGCACCAAAAGUCUGGAAUUGGAGCGAUGAUGAUGGCAAGGAUCGAGACACUGGCCACAUUAAGGAACAAGGACAUUCUCCUCUAUGCGCUCGGGCCGGUCGUCAAGGUCUACCAGAAGUGGGGCUUCCAAUAUUGUAAAGAAUGGCCUGCGAUUCCCAAGGACAUUGGCGUCAUCAUGCGCAAGCGGAUCCAUACCAAGGGUGUUGUCGACGACUAUGUUGGUCUGGAGUGGGACGGCACUUGCUUCUCGUAG